UCGGCGGCGGCGGUGGCGGCUGCGGGCGGGCGGCCUGGCAGCAGGUGGGCGGGGUACGGGCCGGCGGCGGCGGCGGCGGGCGGGGUCUGCCAGGCUGCGCUGGGGCCGGGCGCGGCCGGCCGUGGGCGCGCCAUGGACUUCAACAUGAAGAAGCUGGCGUCGGACGCGGGCAUCUUCUUCACCCGGGCUGUGCAGUUCACAGAGGAGAAAUUCGGCCAGGCAGAGAAGACUGAGCUUGAUGCCAACUUUGAAAACCUUCUGGCCCGGGCGGACAGCACCAAGAACUGGACAGAGAAAAUCCUGAGGCAGACAGAAGUGCUCCUGCAGCCCAACCCCAGUGCCCGAGUGGAGGAGUUCCUGUAUGAGAAACUGGACAGGAAGGUGCCCUCGAGGGUCACCAAUGGGGAGCUGCUGGCUCAGUACAUGGCGGAGGCGGCCAGUGAGCUGGGGCCCACCACUCCCUACGGGAAGACCCUGGUCAAGGUGGCAGAAGCUGAGAAGCGCCUGGGAGCUGCAGAGAGGGAUUUUAUCCACACGGCCUCCAUCAACUUCCUCACCCCCCUGCGCAACUUCCUGGAAGGGGACUGGAAGACCAUCUCGAAGGAGAGGCGGCUCCUCCAAAACCGGCGUCUGGACUUGGACGCCUGCAAAGCACGGCUGAAGAAGGCCAAGGCCGCAGAAGCCAAAGCCACGACGGUGCCUGACUUUCAGGAGACUAGACCUCGUAAUUACAUUCUCUCGGCCAGCGCCUCCGCGCUCUGGAAUGAUGAGGUGGACAAGGCUGAGCAGGAGCUCCGAGUGGCCCAGACAGAAUUUGACCGGCAGGCAGAAGUGACCCGUCUCCUGCUGGAGGGCAUCAGUAGCACUCACGUGAACCACCUUCGCUGCCUCCAUGAGUUCGUCGAGUCUCAGACAACCUACUAUGCACAGUGCUACCGCCACAUGCUGGACUUACAGAAACAGCUGGGCAGAUUUCCAGGCACCUUCGUGGGCACCACAGAGCCCGCCUCCCCGCCCCUCAGCAGCACCUCGCCCACCACCACCGCGGCCACCAUGCCUGUGGGGCCCUCUGUGGCCGGCCUGGGCCCUCCAGGGGAGGCCGCUCUCUGCCUGGAGGAGGUGGCCCCACCUGCCAGUGGAACCCGGAAGGCUCGGGUGCUCUAUGACUACGAGGCGGCUGACAGCAGUGAGCUGGCCCUGCUGGCUGAUGAGCUGAUCACUGUCUACAGCCUGCCUGGCAUGGACCCUGACUGGCUCAUUGGCGAGAGAGGCAACAAGAAGGGCAAGGUCCCUGUCACCUACUUGGAACUGCUCAGCUAAACAGGCCCCCUCCCAGGCCCCUGCCCAUUCUGGCCUGGGCAGGAGAGGACCAGUGCAGCCCUGCCACUUGUCUUGUCUGUUGGUGACCCAGCUGCUCAGGGUGGGGAGACUAACCCCAUCCUGUCCUUGCUCCCGGUCACCCAGCUGGGAGGGGGCCCCAGAGGCUGAAUGACCCCAGCCCCUCCCUCAGCCCUGCUUCUGACCUGGUUCUGGAGCCCCCAGCCCUGCCUGCAUCCCCGGAGCACCCCAGCCCUCCCAGCUCCGCUCAGGAGGGAGGGGCUGGCUGCAGCAGCUGCACUCGCCUCAGCCCGGGUGGGGGUCAGCGCCGACAGCCUGAGGAAGCCCAGGGUGCACCCUUGGCAAGAGAGCACCUGCCUUUUAGUUGCCAAAAGCAGCAAAGGGGGAAGGCAGGCAGGUGAGUGGCAGGCCUCGGGGACCGGGUGCUGUCCCCUCUGGAUGAACUGGAGCAGAGGGGAGCCUGGCCCGGGAGGCAGGGCUGGGCCCUGGAGCAACAUCUCGCCGGCACUGCCCUUCCCUUCCCACCCCACAGCUCAAGCCUGCACCUCUUCACACUCACUUUUUAAGAGAUCUUUUUACUCUGCCUGUCUGCUUGCUCUCUAGCCAGUGACGAAUAAACCAUCCUUCGUGUGCA